CGCGGCGGGAGCGCGGGACAGAGCGCGCGGCAGCCUUGCUGGAGGACGAGUCGCAAUCGCCAUCCACACAACACCACACACACACACACCUGCCUACCUGCGACGUCACUCAGGACGAAACCCACACGGAGCGGUGAGCUUGUGAGCCUUGGCUGCGAAGAUGGAGCUCAGCGCUGGAGUUGAGAAGAUGUCAGUGGGGCAGCCGCCAGCAGGAAGGGGUGCGGCCUGUCUGACAUGUAAAGGGAUCUGCUCUGGAUUCCAGCCACAUUCCUGGAGGAAAGCCUGCACCCAGUGCCUCUGCAGCCAGGAGGACCACGCCCCAAGUUCUGACAGCGAGGAUGACCGCAAAAUGGGCCGCCUGCUGGCUGACUCGCGUUAUGCCCACCUGACCGCCAAGGUGAAGGGUGGUGACGGGCUGCGUGUCUACAAGCGCAACCGUAUGAUCAUCACCAACCCGGUCGUGUCCCGCAAGGACCCCACCUUCAACACCAUCACCUAUGACUGGGCACCACCUGGACUCACCCAGAAGCUGGCCAUCCUGUACAUGGAGCUGCUCCCAGAAGAGAGGCGACCCAUGAGCGGCACUGACGGAGCGCUGUACCGACGCAAGCAGCUGAUGAGGCAGCUCCCCAUCUACGAUCAGGACCCCGCGCAGUGUCACGGUCUGUCUGACCCUGAGGCCCAGGCCAUGGCGCUCUUUGUCAAGAGCUACAAGGAGGAGGCACUUGGCGUGGGGGAAGUGGCGCUGCCCGGGGAGCGGGGGGCACCCAGGGAUGACGCCACCAAGCAAAAGAAUGGGAAAAGUGCUCCAGACCAUCAGGGUCCCCCAACCAAUGGGGUGCUGGGAGACGGCGGAAAGAAGAGCGAAUACCGCUGCGACCGGUGCGGAGAACCGGCGGCCGCCGACAGCCCCGUCGUGUAUGCGGAGAGGGCGGGCCGCGACCGGCUGUGGCAUCCCACCUGCUUUGUGUGUGCGGAGUGCGGCGAGGCCCUGGUGGACCUGGUCUACUUCUGGAAGGAUGACGCCCUGCUGUGUGGCCGUCACUACUGCCAACGCAGAAGACCUCGCUGUCUCGGCUGCGACGAGCUGAUCUUUUCAGAGGGCUACAAGCAGGGGCCAGAUGGCCAGGCUUGGCACAAGGAUCACUUCUGUUGCUGGGUGUGCGGCCAGCCCAUCGGCGCCCGGUGCUCCUGCAGCCAGCGGUCCAGGCCGCUGUAGACCUCCCACCCCGUCCCUUGAGGCCGACGCAAGCAAGCCUUCCAAGCAAGACUCGGAGUUCUCUUUUGGGAUUCGCUGAUGGCGGAGACGGUGUGGAGUAGCGGACAGAAUUUAGAGUAGUCGGAACUGGUAGUGAUUGGCAGCUGUGGCAAGUACUGGCUUUACUACUAGCAAGCAGUGUAGCAGUUGUAGAUGGGAGCAGUUGUUUCAUUCACCAGCAUUUGUUCAUUUUAAGUAACUUGCAUAAAGGAAGGCAGUAUGGUGCACUACUUGUAUAAGUCUCAUUCUUCUAUUUGUUUCUUUCAUCCUUGUCUGUCCCGUUCAGACGUUUUGCUCGUUACAAAGAAUAAUUGUUUUAUCAGUUGUUAUUAACGGAGAGCACUGGAUUCUAACAUUACAAGACAAACACAAAGGGCUCGGCACAUAAAUCUAUGAUAUAAUACGCUUACUGGUUUGUCCUGGACGAGUAUCAGAGAGAGCGCGAUCAGCAGGGUGCGUUCUUACAGACGAUCCACAAGGACUUGAUUUUUAGAAACUUGUCGAUUUGAGAGCUGCAUCCCAUCUCAUCCCCUACUUGACAUACAGUGACUCAAUGGAAAACAAUGUGUUGUCCCCAUCCCAUUGAAUUAUGCAUGUUUUCACUUGUGUACAUUGUAAUUCAAGGCCCAUCCUUGCAAUCCCAGAGGGAUGCACUGGUGCCAAGCCCAAAGCUCAGCAAACAGACAUUACACAGAGAGCCAAGGAGGGAUGAAGAGGGGAAAAAAAUACACUGAAAGACAGAUGUUUUGACCUGGAGAGGCUGAAUGGAAUAUAAGCCCACCUUGUGUGUUUUUUUAUUUUUUAUUUUUAAAUGGAAAACCAUUUGACCUUGACGUAUGUUUAAUCGAAAAGACACUUUUGAGCGUGCCGAGUUUGCUUGCACUGGGACCUCGGUGGUGCGGUGCAGUGCAGUGGGAAGAGGCCGAAAGCUCCUAAAGGAAAGUCACGUUCGUGGGAGUUUGCAGGCAGUUUUAUGAAAUUGCUCUGAUAUGGGUCCAUGCUGAAGGUUUCAUGCUUGUAAAUGUUUGCCGGUGUCGUGAGGGAAGUGUCCUCGGGUGGCUGCCGGCCGAGUCUCGGCCAGCUGUUGCGAGAGAAAAAAAAACUGUGGUCACCAGUGACGCAUCUUCCAUUUUAAUUACUGGAGGAAUCCCUGUAUUUAUGGCAAACCAGGGAAUACAGUAUAAAUAUAGUCAUUAAACUUAAUUUUAACCACAAUCUGUACAGCCUGUACCACCAAUAUGAAAUAGGAAUCCUGACAAUUUAGUAAUAUAUUGUUUGCAGGGAGGCAUGUUUGCUCAGAAAUUGGAAACCCUUUAUCUGGUUAUUGCCCCAGUUCUGCCAUUGUUCAUAUUUCCUGCAUUAUUGCUUUGUACUCAAGCCUAAACGUGGAUGAAAAAAUUAUUCAAGUGUUUGUUUCGGAGAACUUUUCAGCAGUUUGUGGGAAGUUCCAUCAUCCAAUUUUCUGGCUCAGCGUGGUCUUGGAAAAAUAGUUAAAUUUAAAAUUGCUUACAAAAUUAACUAGUUAAACUGGAAUUAGUGGGCAGACGGCUAGCUCCCGCUUUUGUUAAAUUGUUGUGUUGUGUCCAUUAUCGAAUAAAGUUCCUUUUUAUGGGGAGGUUUGCGAUUAUGUCAUGGGCUUUUUACUGCCAUCGAGGUAUACUUUUGAGUCUAUUUUGGGGCAUUUUUAUAAUAUUUUACAGAUCUUCUUUCCCAUUUAAAGAAGGAAUGUCUUGUGUGUUUUCAAGUGUUAAUUUUUUUUGUGGAUGUAUGUCAAGAAGGCUUGAGUUGAGAACGCUUCAUGUGUAAAGCAAGAGUGCUAUAUUGUGUUGUUUGUUUUAAAACAGCGUUUGGUUGUGCAGCCUAGUGUUUCAUAUUGUUGAUUUGACACCCUCUGCCUUUUUAAUCUAGGAGGAUACGUAAUUAUCCGGUUAUUAUAAUACUGUUAGUUGUAACUUUAUUACAUUUAACGAUUUCCUAAGCAAUGUGCAU